AUGUAUUUGCCUUCUUCAUUAUGUCAGAGUAUCGAAGACAAGCACAGGUUCAUGACCCUACGCGACGACAUCGUCUUCUUCAUCUUCUUGUACCAGCUCUGGAUCUACAAGGUGGACCCCAACAGACCCGAUGAGUUCGGCUUCGUCUACGUACAAGAGCCGGUCAGACGCACACUCGAACUGACCUUCGUCGAUGUUUCUCUCAGCCUGGACGAUGUAGAGGCCUUCCGCCGCGAGCUGGACCUCGCUUGGCUCGAGGCUGGCGUCGGCGAGGAGACGGUGAGGGGCCUGGCCACCCAAGUGCUCGCGGGGGAGGCCGCAGAGCCCAAGGCGUCCGUGGCCGCGGUCGUGCAGGUCGGCGGGCCCGCCGACUCCAUCGGGGAGCUCUGUAACCUGCUCGACAACGGGCGGGUCGAGAUCCGCGGCGUUCGGCCCAGAUGGACGGAGCAGGAGAACGCCGCGGGGCCUGGAGGUCCCACGGGAGGCAAGACCGGCCCGUUGGCACCCGUGCCCAGCGCGGAGGGCCCCGCCGAGCUGGCGCCGUCGCCGGCGGGGGCGCCAGCAGGAGCGCCGGCGCCCGCCCGCUGA